AUGGCUAAUGGUGUAACUACGUAGUGGGAGGACAUUCAUGUGAAACAUGGAAAUUAUUUGGAAAGAGAGAAAGUGACAACUCUUGCAGAAACCUAUUAAUAAGCCAUUUAGAAAUUAGACGAUAAACAAGAUAGCGAUGAUGAUUUCUUUGAAGAUGAUGAAUUCACAAAAUAAUAUAAAGCUUAAAGACUGUAAUAAAUGAUGGAAUAGUCUUAGAAGAAGCUAUACGGUGAAGUGUACGAGAUUUCUCGGGAUGAAUAUGUUAAACAGGUGACUGAAGCAUCAAAAGAUCGAUUUGUUGUUCUAUCUCUUUAUCAAGAUUAUAUUGUGGAAUCUUUGAAACUCAAUGAAGUCUUGUAGGAGCUAGCCAAAUAGUAUUAGGAGAUUAAGUUUGUUAAGAUGGUAGCAACUAAAUGUAUUGAAAAUUUUCCAGAUGAUCAAUGUCCCUGUUUCAUUAUUUACAAAGACACUAAGGCAGUUUCCAAUAUUCCCUUUAUCCACAAAUUAAGAAAAAUUACUUUCGCUUCGAUUGAAGACCUACUGAUUGGGCAAGGUGUUAUUCCAAAGCCAGCGGAAGAGGAUGAGUAGUAUGAGGAGAUCAAGGAUAAACUCAAACACCCAUACAAAACCAAUAAUGUAAAGGAUGUGGAUGAUGAAAUAGAUGACAGAGAAUACUCUCAUAAGGUUUAAUUUUAGAAACCUAAUUGAAUUGCUAUAAUUUUUAUGGAAAUUAUUAUUAUUUUAUACAUUUCAAA